GAGUCCAUUGAGGAAGGAAAAGUGGGUGAAAAAGAUGAGGCAGAACAAAUAGUUGAUGACAGAUUGCAAUACAGUGAUGAUGAAGCAUUGUUUGAUGUUGAUAACGAUAUUAUGGAUAUUAUUGGAGAUAAUGACAAUCAAACUGAGCCAUUUGAAACCUUGCUUGAUGUUAUGAGCUUUGCGUCAACACAAAGAGAUGGUGGAAAUGUUUUUGAAAAGGCCAAAGCAUAUG